GGAGUGUCGUGAUAUUAAGAUUGGAGAACGAAGUGAAAUAGUAAAUGACGAAUAUACAACUCAGUAUGUCACACACACUGUCACAGUCUCGCUAGUCACUACGGUCUUCGCGGCAUUAUAGUAUUAUACUUUUAUAGUACACCGCCUUUUAAGUUUCUCUUCGACGAUUAACUUUAAAUUGGCCAUUACUCAAGUUUUUAAUAAGUUUAAUAGUUUUAAUCCGAAAUCUAACAUGUAUUCACAAUUCUAAUGCCGACAGCCGGCCAGUCAACGUAGUCACGUAGAACCACAGAAUAGAUUAAAUGGUAGAAUUAUAAUACUAUCUACCGGAAUUACAAAGCGUAAAAUAAUAAACUGUAAGUAUCUGUUUUGGAAUACCCAGCCAACUUUUGUAUUAUAAAUAUUUUCAAUAUUAUAACUUUGAGUAUUAUUUAGAUCGUUCGGAAAUCCUUCGAUACCGACUAUCUAAAAACCUUACUUAAUCAUAGUAAGUAAGUAGGUAAUUCAAUAAUUAGUUGUAUUAUGAUUAAUUAAUUUUUAUAUUGACAUUUAGUUCAAUGCUCCUAUAGUUAAAAAUACCUACUAUUUGUUUUUAAAAUUAAAUAGCUAUUGUGAAAAUUUCAAAAAAUAAAACAUAAUUUUAUUAAAAUUAAAAAUAUAAAUUAUCAAAUAAGUACUUACCUAUCCAAUUUUUUUUUUCACAAAUUAAAUAAAAAAAAUUAUUGGUACCUUUUUAACAUAGGGUAGAAAUUGAUUUUGUCAGUUUAUUUUUGUUAACAUUUAAAAAAAAAUAAAACAUUGUCUGUUUUUGUCAUAUACAUAGGGGUGCGCAGCUUUUUUUUGCAGGGUAUGCCAUUACUUUUAGAUAUACCUAGCUCAAUACAUUAAAUAACUCGUCUCAAAAUUAAAUACAAAUCUAAAUUAAAAAAAAAAAAAAAAAUAAAAAAAUAUGAUCAUAUUAUAAUAACAUAAUAAAUAAUGACAAAAAAUUAUAAUCCAACUAAUCAAAAUUCUUUUAUUUUUAAUAGUAGUAUGAAAUUAAGCAAUAGCGAAGAGGCUAUUAUGUUCUGUGACAAAAUCCAUAAUUCAACUACUUCAAUUAUUAUAGUGUAAAAUAUUUCACAAUCGUGUGUUAGAAGAAAAGUGAAUAAUUGAUUUGGGACGUCAUAAGACUCACAGUUUAAAUGAAGCAAUCAUUAUAACUAUUUUAACAGAUAAUUUAUUAAUUAAAACUACUACGGAUUAACCAUGCCUCCAACGCCAUUGGAAGGUAAUCAGCCCAAUAUGAGUAAUGGAUUACCUCCAGAUGGAUCUCUUUCUUUAUCUGUUCUGAUUGAUUUUAUUGUUCAACGUACUUAUCAUGAGCUUACAGUUCUCGCUGAAUUGUUGCCUCGUAAACCUGAUAUGGAACGUAAAAUUGAAAUUUAUAAAUUUUCAAAUCGAACACGACAGCUAUUUGUUCGGUUAUUAGCUCUAGUAAAAUGGGCUAAUAGUGCUUCAAAAGUAGAUAAAUCGACUCAAAUAAUGGGAUUUCUUGAUAAGCAGUCUUUGUUAUUUAUAGACACUGCUGAUAUGUUAUCUCGAGUUGCUCGGGAAACUGUUGUUUCUGCUCGAUUGCCCAAUUUUCAUAUACCAUCUGCAGUUGAAGUUUUAACCACAGGCACUUUUUCACGGUUACCGGCUUGUAUUCGUGAACGUAUCGUUCCCCCAGAUAAAAUCACACCAGCUGAAAAACGUGAGACAUUGCUCCAACUAAAUAGAGUUAUUCAACACCGAAUGGUUUGUAGUAAUUUAAUUAAUGAAAUGAGUUGCAAGAAAGUAGCCAACGGCCGAGUAACGUUUCGAGUGGAAAAUGAGUUUCAAGUUUCUUUAACGUUGAUGGGAGACAACCCUAAUAUACCAUGGAGAUUAUUAGACAUUGAGAUAUUGGUCGAAGACAAAGAAACUGGAGAAGGAAAACCUUUGGUACAUCCACGUCAGGUGCAAUAUAUUCACCAAGUUGUUCAAGCAAGAUUAUUGGAAUGUUGUAGUACAGGAGGUGAACCAUUGACUCAAGUGUAUAUGGUAUUACACUAUUUUUGUCAAUCUUUGCAGUUAGAAGUACUGUUUUCACAAACCAGAGCUUUGUAUAAAGAUAGACUCGAAGGGCAUAUACACAUAACAGAGUAUACAGCUGGCAAGUGUCUAGUAGUUUCUUAUUGGAGAGAACUUUCACGUAGUGUAUCCGAACAAUUUGGAUACUCGUUGACAAUUUAUGUAGAUGAUAAAGAGCCUAAUAAGCCAUUAGGUAUUUUACAUUCACCAUCACUUGGUACAAAAGAUGCAGAGAUAACAGAAAAAUCUAUUGGUACAGAUUCAUUGUCAAUGGAAAGACUAUUAGUGCAUACAAUUCAUGUACGUACAAAAAUUCGUCUCUCUGAACUUAAAGUAGAAUUAGAAAAUUUGUUAAAAGAUGUAGAAUGUACUUUGCAAGGUUCACCAUCAAUUUUAUCGGUCGCAAUACUUAAUCCUUGUUUACGUGCUGAACAGUUAUUGAUAACAGUCGACACACAUACUGGUAUGCUUCAAUGCCAUGUUCCUGAGUUUAGUCCUCCAAGUAUGGUUGUAUUACAACAAGCGCUGAAUAAUGAGCAUAGUAAAGUACCUUUACUUAUAAGUGAUUUAAGAUUUUGGAUUACUCAACGCCGGUGUGAAACAACUUUGCAACAUCUUCCUGGAACGGCUUAUGAAAGAUUACCAUUAUUACAUCAUGCAGAUCAUCCUAUGUCAAAAAUAAGUCGACAUCGGAUGUAUAUAAAACUACAUAAAAUUUCAAAUAUGAUAGUAAUUGUUGAGUUUGCUGAAAAUGAAAAAUCCCCUUGUAGAAUUGAGUAUAAAUUUUAUCUAGCUAAUGUAAAAAAAUCAUCGAUUGAAGAUAAUCCUAAUGAUGAAUCUAUUGAGGUAGACAUACCAAAAAUGUAUCUAAAAGUUAUGACAUUAUUGACAAUAGAAAAAUUUGUAGCUACACAUGGUCCUUUUACAGCUGUUAUUGAAGAAGACCAAGAAAAAAUGGAUCCCAAUAGUCGUAAAAGAGUUAUUGUACGUCCAGAUAAACCAAGGAAAUUACUUAAACAUCCAGCUUACUUUAUACCCGAACUCGCCCAUAUUGUAGCCUUGUGCGACGAAAGACUGCCAUUUACUGUACUAGCUCAAGAAUUGACAAGAUGUGGCAUCAGUAAUCAAGGUGUUCAAGUUGAAGCAAAUGCUACAACUUUUGUUUUAAAAAUUUUAUCAUUACCACCUCCAUCUGGUAUUGAAGCAACUAAUCCCAAAUGGAUAUCAUUAUGCAAGCGAGUUCUGUCCAUUUCUAUACGUGUAUAUGGUAAAGGCUCAACUCGAUGUUGGACAACUGAAUAUGUGUUUUAUGGAAGUCCCUUACCCAGUAGACAUAGUCGAGAACAAGGAGCUAGACGGCCAGUUUACAUUAAUUAUGAUGUCAGUGUUGCUGAAAACAUGUCAAAAACAGUUGAAACAAUUUUGAACGAUUGGUCUCAGAUUGUACAUUUAUACUUUUUAGUAGAAGACUUAUCACCUUACUUACAAUCUGAAAAGAAUAACUUAGCAUCAAUGAUUGGUAUAAAGAGUUAUAAUUAUUUAAAACUCAUCAUAGGAUAUGGUACACAUAGACGUUCUACAGCCACUAUUCAAUGGAAUUCAACAAGCUGUAAAUUUAAUAUAGUAUUUGGCUCACUAAAUAGCAGCAUUAAUCCUCAUAACUUAAUUAAAGAACAAUUUGAAGGUUAUUUGAACAACAACAAAAAGCUAUCUUUGCUUAUACAUGAAAUGCUUGAUACACUAAACCCCCUUACUGCUAUUUGUAAGUUACCAUCAAUACCACAACUGUGUGUUCUACAAGUCAGACCACAAGUACCAGUGAUUACAUUUGGAGUAGUCGCUAAUUCUACAAAUUUACUUAAAGUUAUUUAUGAAGGACAGUAUUGUUUAGAAAUCACGUUACGAUGGGGAAAUUUAGUGAGCAUUAGAGAUGGAGCUUAUAGUAGAUAUGAUCGAACAUCUGUCAUUUCUGAGUAUACACCAACACCGGGUUUAAAGGCAUUUUUAUCCAAAUAUGUAGAUGAGACAAAUGUGUUUAGACGACGAUCACAGUCUGAAGAUGAUAACCCUCCUUCACCAAUCACUAUGGAUAAUGUGGAAGGUAACUUCUUGAGUUCCUCGCAUAGAGGUCCUCAGUCACCUGCACAAGGUUUACGGUUUCAUUCUGCUGGUAACACAACACCAGGAAGUAAUCCGCAUACACCAGCAAGCCCACAUCCUGCUGUAUCAAGUAUGUCUCAAAAUUCACAACAGCAAUUCAACAAUAGCCCAGUGACGUCAUUUAACUUGGCCUCUCCACCAUCAGCUAUUAACCCUUCUCCUUCAAUGUUACCACACCCUUCACCGGGUUCAAGUUUAUUAGCUAGUUCUCCUUCCAACCCUCUACAUGUACCUAGCCCAGCAGGAAUGUUACCAAACUCGUCACCAGGACCGGGCUCAGGAUUUGGAUUGAGUUCUAGUACACAUCCACCAGAAGUGAGUCCAUUUCAAUCUCAAAGCAUGACAUCACCUGCUGCAUCAAAUUGGCCUGGUUCUCCUGGUUUACCUCGUCUGUCUCCUGCUAGAGCUCAAGGACAAUCACCUGCGGGACAUUCUUUACAAAGUCCCGAUCAUAAGAGUGGAUAUGGUCAUACUUCUAGAGUGCUUCCUCAAAAGUCUUGGGCUGGAGCAGUUCCUACCAUUAUUACUCAUGAAGCAUUGAACGCAUUAUGCACACCAACUGCACAUCCACAAGGGCUCCCUGCUCCCAAACAGUGUCCUUUAGAAAGGUUCUUAGGUUGUGUUUAUAUGAGAAGAAAUCUACAAAGAUUUGUUCAAACUGAAGAAAAUCUUAUUGCUUUGAAUUCCUCCGAGCCAGGUGUUGUAAAUUUCAAAGUUGAAACAUUGCAAUGUCGAGCUUUUAUUAACAUGCAACAUUUCCAGUCAUUACAUUUAAAAAUAUCAUGUAUCCCAGAACAAAAAGAUCCAUGGAAUGUUGAAGAAUUAAAUAUUUUAGAAAAGUUUUUUGAAAGUAAAGUAGCAAUACCACCUUGUAAGCCAAAUACAUUACUUGGGUUCACUAGAAUGUUGAAUUGUCCAUACACAGUACUCAAAGACUUCAUACAAAUAAUCAAAUUAGAAAUGAUUCCUGGACUUAUUCAACAACAACAAAUGAAAUGGACAGUUCAAUGGUGUUUAAGAAUACCACCAUCGGCAACUCCGAUUGUGCCUGUUGGCAAAGAAGCACUUUUGAUUUGUAGAAAUAAAAUUUUAUUUUUUUUACAAAUCACUAGAAUUGGAAUAACAUACAAUAGUAAUGAAGUGCCUUCAUUAGUCUUACCCCUGGUUUACGAUACUGCUACUAAUCUUACACAACUGGCUGAAAAGAGAGAUGCUGGUCCAGCAUCAGCAAUAUCUGCUGCUAGUCUUCACAUGAAGAGAUUUGCUGAAUUCGCUCUUAACCACAAUGAAUGUUCUAUUUUUCCAGCCAUUCGAGAUUUAAUGUCAAACUUUGUACUUCCAUCUGAACCACAACCACAAAUGUCACCUGCGUCUAUGAACAUGCACCCACAAAUGACUCCUGGAGGUCCAGUUCCUUCACCGUUAAUGGGACAACACAUGAUGAAUCAAAAUCCUAAUAUGGUUGGUCCAAAUCCUAAUAUGGGUGGACCAAAUCCUAAUAUGGUUGGUCAAAAUCCUAAUAUGGUUGGACAGAACCCCAAUAUGGUUGUACAAAAUCCAAAUAUGGUCGGACCAAACCCUAAUAUGGUCGGGCAGAACCCUAAUAUGGUUGGACAAAAUCCAAAUAUGGUUGGACCUGGAUGUAACAACUAUGGUAAUGUACCAAUGUCAGCUAUGGGACCACAACAUGGUAUGAUGCCAAACCAUCAGUGACAUAAAGCUUAUUAUUCAACGUAAUAAACUUAUUUAUAAAUAAUGUUAAAUUACGUUUCUUUGUAGAAGAGGUACAAUAUUAUUGGCAAAUAGUAAUAUGUACCUACUGUAAAGUAAUAUACAAAGGUUUAAUUUUUUUUUUAUUGUACCCCAUCAAAUUUUGAAAAAUUUUAUAAGAAGAUACAAAUAAUAUUAUGUAAUUUUGAAGUAUUUAUAAUUUAGUCGGAAGGAAGACAAAUAUUUUUUAAAUUAAAUAUUAUAAGUUAUUAUUAUUGUACAGCUUUGAUCAUUAUGUAAUAUACAUUUUAUGUUUAUAUACUUAUUUAUUAGUAUUAGGUAAUGGUUAAUACAUUUUUAACUUGAUCCUCAAUCCUCAUAAUAGUUAUGAGAGAUGGUUCCAAAAACCAAUAUUAUAGAACUAAUAUUUAUGUCAAAUUUUUAUCUCAACUUUUUUUGUCAAAUUAUGGUGAGAAAUUGACAGUCCAUCUGUUAGAAAACUCUUAUUUUGAAAAUAUUUGAACUUGGUAAAUAAUGUUAUGUGAUAUAACAAUUAAUUAUUAAAAGUUAAAUAUUUAUAACUCUUAUUAUAUCAUGGUAUAAUUUUACUUAUAAUAAUUAAUUUAUGAAAAUUGUAUAAUUUAACCUAGGUCAUAAGAAAAAGUAUUUAUUUAAAAUGACAAAGUUAUUUGAUAAAAUAUAUAAUUUAUCAUAAGAUAUUUAUUUAAUUUAAACAUUGAUUGUUAUUAGAAUUUUAAAUUGUUAUGAAGACAUAUUUUUGAACCAAUAAUUGUAAAAUGUUUUAUUUGAAACAGUGUAACUAGCGUGUUAAUAAAUAUUAGUAGUAGGUAGAAAUAUGUAUUAAAUUUACAUUAUUAAAUAUUGGUUACCUGUAUCAAUUUAUUUGUCAUUAUUAUUUAUGUGUAAGUAUAAGUAUAAGUAUAAAUAGUGAUGAAAAUGAUACAAAAUAUUGUUAAAGACAAAAUGUUUAUUUGGUACUUACUUAUUAAAUGAAAAGAGGAAUAUUA